GAAAGAAAGAAAAUAUGGAAACUAGACGUUAUUUCGGAAAGAACUUUACUACAGUUUUAAUUUAAUAUUCAAUUCAUAAAGUUGGAUCCAAUUCAUAUUUUAAUAAGAACUAUAAUCCAAAAAAAUCAAUAUCGUUGUGUAUUCUGAACCAAGGAGCCUAGUGAACGUGUAUACUCAAGUUUCAUUUCAAUUUCAUACACAUUCAUUUUCAUUUCACUUCUAAAGCAAUAAAUUUUGGGCAUUGUUUGUUUUUUUUGUUAACUGUUUUCAGUUAUGGCUGAAUCUUCAACUUGUUUCGUUCAAUCCUUCUCCACUCAUGCAGAUACUAGUAGUUGCGUAACCAAUGAGGGUAACCCUCUUCGUGCUCUUGGAGAAUCUAUAUCUUUUGGGAGGUUUAUGUCAGAAAGCUUGGAUUGGGACAGAUGGUCGGCAUUUUCGCAGAACCGUUAUGUUGAGGAAGCUGAAAAAUAUUCCAAACCGGGUUCUGUUGCUGCCAAAAAAGCAUACUUUGAGGCUCAUUACAAGAGAAAGGCUGAGGAGAAAGCAGCUGCGUUGGUCGAAGAAACAAAUAUUCAAGCUAAUGGAAGUUUUGAUUCGGAAAAUUGGGAAGGAAACUGCAUUGGUUCAUCCGCUAAGAUAAAGUCAGAAGCUGACAACAUUGAGACAACCAAUGAAGAGAUAAAGAAAGAUACAGUUGAUUACCAAGUUGUCGAUUGCGAUGAUACCACCCAAUUUAAUUGUGAUGAUGUUGGACAAAGUGAUUUGGAGAUAAAGUCAGAAGCCGACAAUAUGGAGAUAACCAAGGAAGAGAUAAAUGAAGACAUUGUCGAUUGCCAUGCUGUUCAUUGUGAUGAUAUAAUCCAAUGUAAAUGUGAUGCUGGAGAAAAUGAUUUAGACAUUGUUGAGGUGGAAGGUGCGGAGGACGUCCUACAACCUUGCAAUGAUAUGAGUCUUAAUGCGGAAAGUUGCAUGUUCGUUGAUAAUUCUAAUCAGCUUGAUCAUGAUGAAGUCCAUAAGAAUAUUACCAUCGCCAUUGAAGAAAAGGCGCCUGAUCCUGGCAUUCCUAGUCAGGAAGUUUUGGCUUUGCCGGUCAAGGGAGGAGAAGUAAAUUCUUCUCCAAAAUUAUCAGCCAAAACUAGACCUGAGAAACCGCCUCUUACCUGUGAUCAAAGGAAGGCUUCUGCCGCUGUAUCACCUAGAAUUGGAAUAAUCAAUGGUUCGAAACGUGAUCAAAGGAAGGCUUCUGCCGCUGUAUCACCUAGAAUUGGAAUAAUCAAUGGUUCGAAACGUGAGAACUCUGUUGGAGACGCAGUUGUAAAGAAGAGACUAACAGCACGGUCACUCCACACGUCAAUCAAUCUUCCUUCUGGCACCGCUGAAACAAGAAAAACAGCUGACUCACCUUUACGAUCCAGAAAUGGUACAAACAGGUUUUCAGCAAGUAAGAACUCUGUUGGAAGCUUAGUUGAGAAGAAGAGAUUGACUGCAUCAUCACUUCACAUGUCAAUCGAUGUUCCAUCUGGCACUGGUAUAGCAAGUAAAACAACUACUGCAGCUGUUAAACCCAGAAACGGAACAAACAUUGUUGCAAAAAGUUUGAAGUCUAUUGGAGCCUUAAUGGAGAAGAGACUAACUCCAAGAUCACUUCACAUGUCUAUCAAUCUCCCUUCUGGUGCCGGUGAGACAAGGAAAAUAUCAUCAGUGAUUGAACAUAACAGAAACAAAAAAAUUCAGUCUGAUUUGCCUAAAGUUCAUCCCUUGGCAGCACAGACAUCGACCCAGGCAUCACAUGGUUUAUUAAAUCAAGCUCCAGCAAAUCUUCCUUCUCAGGGCAGAAGGACUGAAAGGCUAGUUAACAAGUCUGUGUCUGGAGAUGUUACAGUAAAUCCAAAACUUUCCCCCCUUUCUGUCGAAUCCCUAAAAUCUUCAAGCACCACCCAAAGCAAUACCCGGUCCCCUACCAAAUCAUCACCUUUUAGAUUCAGAAGUGAAGAAAGAGCAAUAAAACGCAAAGAGUUCUUGCAGAAGGUCGCUGAAACUAAACCCAAGGAAGAAGAGAAAGUUCAACUAAGGAUAUCAAAGGGUAAAACAGAGCAUACCCACAAGAAGCUACCGCAGAGCAGUGGCUCUAAAUCCAAACCAAUUGAUGAUGGGCCCAGCGGAGCACAAUCACCAAGCAAUCAGAUUAGAAAGAUCUCGUUUACAAUGCCCCGGUCGCCAAGACAAGUGAGGCAAGCAAAUUCUAGUUCUAGUACAACAAAAAACAUAGGAAAUUCAUGGAAGCCUCCAAUCAGCACCAAUAGUUCCAAACGUAUUACAGAAAAAAAUAGCCGAACAAGGCAAUCAGGAACUUCAUUAUCAAAGGCCACAUGGGAAAAUGCUUCUCCAAAUAUUCAGCAUUGAGGACAUAAAAUUGUUUACCUGAGACUGUCUUUUGAAGAACAUGCUGUCAAAGACAGUUUACUGAAAGUUAAUACUGUGCGUGUGAUUUGAUUCCAAGAAGAUCAUCUGAAAUUGGAGGUUCAUGUCGUGAUAUGUUUUCACACUUCGAAGGAAAAUUUUGACGACCUUUUUUCAUUUUCUCGUUAUGUCUAGGCUUCAAUAAGUUUUGACCUAGGAUUAUUUCAGCGUUAGAAAAUUAAAUCUGUAACUAAACUAGGUUUAGGCUACAUACCUAAGGUUAUAUGCCUAAAGGUAGUAGGUAAAAUGUACAUUCUAUAGUUGGCAUUAAUUUGCAUGGAUAAAUUGCCAUUGUCUUUUUUGUUUGACAAUAAAAAAACAUUUGCUAGUGAUUCA